AAAGUAACAUGUAUGUAUUUGACUGUGAUAAUAAUUUAUGGAAAUCAUUUUCUGUAAUUAUAAAAUGAUCUACAAUGUGAAAAUUACUCCAAAAGAUAAGAAUUUACAUACACAUACAUUUCACUUUACUGCAGGGUUAAAAGUAAAGAAAAGUUUUUUGAGCGUGUGCCUUGUUCUAUUAACAAUGGCAAAAGCAGAAAACAACACCCAAGCGCUUCGCGCUGUUUCGGAGGGAACAAAUCAAUUUUCAUCCUCCUUAUUUCAGUGUGUGGUAAAGGAAAAUCCUGGUAAUCUUAUAAUGUCUCCUCUUAGUGCAGCUGUUGUUCUUGCUAUGGCUGCAUAUGGAGCUCGUGGUGAAACAGAAAAACAAUUUAAAAAAGUACUUCGUCUUCCAUCACCAGAUACUCUAGGUACAUCUGGUUAUCAAUCGCUUAUUGAUAAUCUUAAUAAUGUUAAAGAGAAUAAACUUCUUCUUGCUAAUAAAGUUUUUCCUGCUGAGAAAUUCUCUGUUAAACCAACUUACAAAGAGUUAACAGAGAACUAUUUUCGCUCUGUUACUCAACUAGUAAACUUCGCUAAAUCCGAAGAAGCUGCCAAUAUUAUUAACACAUGGGUUCAACAAAAUACAAAUGACCGUAUUAAAGAUAUUGUUAAAUCUGGUGAUUUGAAUGAAAUGACAGCAAUGGUACUUGUAAAUGCAGUAUAUUUUAAGGGUCAAUGGAAAAAUAAAUUUGAUCCUGAGGAUACUAAAGAAAGACCAUUCCAUGUCAAUGAAAAUACGGUAAAAAAUGUCUCCACAAUGUUCAGAUCAGGUUCCUAUAUAUAUGGUGAACUUUCAAAUUUAAAUGCUAAAUUCGUCGUAUUGCCAUACAAGGGCGAUGAACUGAGUAUGAUCAUAAUUCUUCCAAAUGAAAUCAAUGGUUUGGCAGAGGUUGAAAAAAAAUUACAAAGUACAAAUAUUAUGGAUGUCCUAAAUCAGGGACAUGAACGCGAAGUAGAAUUGUAUCUACCAAAGUUUAAAAUCGAAAGUAAAAUAGAGCUGAACGAACCGUUAAAUAAGCUGGGCUUAACCGAUAUGUUUACUUCACGAGCCGACUUUUCUGGUAUCGCCGAUGACAACCUGCUUGUUAGUAAGGUUGUACAAAAGGCUUUUAUCGAAGUGAACGAAGAAGGAAGCGAAGCUGCUGCCGCUACUGGUGCCAUUAUGAUGAAACUGUCUUUGGAUUUUCCAAUGGAUUUCACUGUUAACCGUCCAUUUUAUUACAAUAUCAUAAAAAUCACAAAAGACGAUGGAAACAAAGUAUCCUCCGUCGUAACAUUGUUCAGUGGCCAUACAGUCGAACCUAAGCAUUAAGAAUUGUAUUAUCAGUUUUAUAAGUAACGAUAUUGCCAUCUGUUUUUAUUAACAUUGUAAAUUUUUACGUGUAUCGUGUACAUGUUAGUUUAAAAUGUCAUGUUUUAUUUUAUUAUAUAUAUUUUCUUUGCAUUUAUAUUUAACAUGUCGGUUCACCGUUGAAUGAUGGACUUAUGCAAGGUGAUUUGCAGAAAGGUGGUGGAAAAAUUCAGAAACAUGUUCUAUACACAAAAAUGAAAGAGAAAACUAAUGUUAACAUAGGUUCUCGUUAAAACGGAGAAGAAAAUAAAUUGUUUAUUUCUUCAUUAAAAUAAUUCAUCGAACAUUAAA